AUGCUGCUGAAACCAGCAACGCCGCUGUCCGUCCUGCUGUUCGCUGCCUUCGCCCUGCUGCUGCUCUCUGUCCUUUCGACCCCGGUCAUCAAGGGCGUCCCGCUGGCACAUACAAUGAUUCACUUUGCGUCUUUGGCUGAUGCGAGAGACGGCGCCUUUGGAGACCCCAAGGCGGACGGUGACUUCAACCUGCCGGCGUCGAUCCGCCAUACGCUCUCGUCGCUCCUGAUCGUCCACCCCAUUGCUGCCUUUCUGACUCUCGUCUGCUUCGGCCUGGCUGCCGCUGCUCACCUCCAUGCCCCCUCGCACUCCCCGCGCUACCUGCUGGGCCUGCUCAUCCUGCUGCUGCCCACGCUGCUCGUCUCCCUGCUCGCAUUCCUCGUCGACAUCCUCCUCUUCGUGCCCCAUCUCAAAUGGGGCGGCUGGAUCGUCCUCGCCGCCACCGUCAUCCUCACCACCUGCGGCAUCCUCACCUGUGCCAUGCGCCGCACCCUCGUCAGCCGCAAGGCCCGCAAACGGCGUAUCGCUGAGAACGCAGAGAUGAACGGCGAGAACUUCUACAACCGCCAGAACUCCUUCAAGAUGGACCCGCCACCAUCCACCGUCAACAUCGAGGUCAAGGAGGACGUCUCGUCUCCCGUUCCAACGGCAGAGACCGUCUCUGCCUUUGCCCGGUUUGAGUCCGACCGCCGACCCCGAGACGACGACAGCAGACGGAUGCGCCCUCGCGCUCCUCCCACUAGCAACGAGCGGUUCUGGGCUCCAAGCGAGACUGAUGUAGGGCCCAUGGACCCGCCCGAGACUCCUGCAAACCAGGACGGACCCUACAACCAUUUCCCGCCGCCGCGAAGACGGCCGUCCAAAAACACCAUGGGGAACUAUCGAGAUCCCCCACGGCCACGGUUACGGCGGCCGCGGCAGAAGCAACCCCGGUCCUGGCCCUUUCCGCUACGCCGUCCACGCAGAGAAGACGAUGACAUGUAUGGAACUGCCCCGGCCGCUGGCGGCAUGGGCCGGGACAUUGAAAUGGAACGCUCCCGGGGCUCAUUUCCUUCCCGGGACCAGCACCACAUCGAAGAUAUCUCCCAAGCUUUUGCUGACAUCCUCGCUCUCAGCGCAUUCAUCCCGGCGAGAAGUGGCUGGAACCGGAACGAUCAACCGCUCUCCCCCAUCGACGCCCGCGGUUCUCCCAGUCCCAUUGCUGCUAUCAAUACACAACCUAGAGACAUGACACGAUCUCCUCCCCGGGGUGCUCAUAACCCUACCAGCACCUACUAUGAAGACGUAGAGACGCGCUUCACCAAUACGUCAAACCCUGAUCCUGCAUUUAUCCCGACUACCCUCACCCCUGGCAGCAUUGCCCCUGAACCCGAGCAGAGAACCUCAGUCGAUGCUGUGCACGGCCUGCGCUCUCCUGUCAGUGACAUCAGCCACUUCACCUCCAUCUCCCAGCGUGGAAUCAAUCCCAAGUGGCAGCCGCCGGAAUGGGACAACCCCCGAGAAAAGGUGCAGAAGCAGCGCGACGCUCUUCUAGGCAACAACCCUGACUUCCAGCUCGGUGCCGUUGCUGGCCGGUCCAACUCUGCAAGGCGCGGUGGCAGGAUGCCCCAGGUUAUCGCAAUGCCGCCGAUGCCACCAAUGCCUGCUAUACCGGCAGCGUACACGCGCAGCUAA